UGAACCGGCGCAGCAGAGAGUCAACCAGCCGGGCUGAGUCUGCUGACUGAGGAAUGAGACAGCACUUUGAGUCAGACUACCUACGAGGAGGCGUCCCUAUCACAGUUACACAGACCUCCCUUAAAGCUUCCUGGUUGUGGCCAGACUUCCGUGACAUUUUCUGCACAGAAGCCCACAGGCCCUCCAGCUGAUCAGUCGGCUUCAGUCAGAUGGCGAGUGGACAGUUGUCAAGGGCGGAGGCGCUGGCGUGCUCAGGCUGUCGGCAUGCAUGCCACAUGAUGCUCUACUCUGACACGAAAGCUCAGCUGUUUAGGAAAAUUCCCAUCAGACAUAUCGUACUGAUGCAGAUGCGCUUUGACGGUCUGCUGGGUUUCCCUGGCGGGUUUGUUAACUCAUCAGAGGAGACCCUGGAGGCGGGUCUUAGCAGGGAACUGUUGGAGGAGCUGGGCGUGGCUCUUCCUAUAUCUGUAGAAGAUCAUGUGGCCUCUUGCCAUGCCCCUGCUUCAUCCCCGUCCUCCUCCUCCUCCCGUCUUAUCACUCACUUCUAUGUGAAGAAGAUGGAGGAGGAGCAGAUUAGGGAAGUGGAGAGAGCAGCUGCAUCCACUGCAAAAGAUCAUGGACAGGAGGUUCUGGGAAUGGUCAGAGUACCGCUCUACACCACAAAAGGUGGGGGAGGACUCGCGCCUUUCCUGUCGCACUCAUUCAUCGGCAACGCUCGCUCCCAGCUGGUCGACUCUUUGCUGCGCUUCAACCUGGUCGCCCCAGAGGAGUUGCACAAAGCCCUCACACACUCUCUGAAGAUACACACAGAUACCACAGAGGACCUGAAAGCGUCCCUUGCGCUGACAGAGGCAAAGAGGAAACGGUUUUGAAACGCACCUGCACAUGUAUGAGAACAUCCUCUCAAAAACAUUCAUAGAUUCACUUUGGCCGUCAGCAACACAACCCUUCCCUCUUACUCUCACUCUGUACACACACAUACAUACUGAUUCUGAGCUGGUGACUCAUAAUUCCCUGCUGUGCAUCCAACAGUUUGGGAAAAACAUUAUCAACUCCUUUACCAUUAAUGGAAAUAAAAUCAUUCACACUGUCAUGUUCCAGC